AUGUCCGCCCCUGCCCGCACCGCGUUCUUCAACGCCUCGCGCCCGGCCGCUCGCCGCGCCCUCCCGAGGCCGCAGGCUUACCGCCGCGCCGGCUACAACACCGCUGCCCAGCCCGGUGCCGCCGCCGCCGCGCCCAACUCGUCGCACCUCGUCUCGGGUCUCCUCGGCGGUGGUGUCGUUCUCGGUGGCCUCUACGCCUACUACUCGUACUCGGGCGCCAAGGACGUCGUCGACACGGCCCGCUCCGUCUCUGGCUCGGCCAAGGCGGCAAAGGACAAGGUCGCCGACCUGUCGCCCUCGUCGGCAAAGGAGGCCCUCGGCCUCGCCAAGUCGGUCGCCAAGUCGUACGCGGCCGCCAUCCCGGGCGGCGCCGUCGUCAUCGACCAGGGCUUUGACCGCCUCGAGUCGUUCCUCGACGAGCACGGCGAGAAGGCGGCCCAGCUCGUCAAGGAGACGUACGCCGACAUCUCGGAGGCGGCCAAGGGCGGCAAGGACGCGCAGGACAAGAUCCUCAAGGCGCUCACGUCGGCGGCCGACAAGGUCCAGAAGCUCGUCGGCGAGGAGGCGGAGCAGGGCUGGGCCAAGCUCGGAGAGAAGUACCCCGAGCUCCAGAAGACGCUCGGCGACCAGGGCGUCGAGUUCAAGAAGCUCGCCGACAAGCACGGUCCCGAGGCGCAGCGCCUCACGUCCGACUUCUACCAGCAGUCGGUCGCCAUCGUGUCGAAGGGCGGCCUCAACGCCGAGACGUACGAGGCGGUCAAGAAGCUUCUCGCCGAGAAGAAGAACGAGCUGUCCAAGUUCUCGGUCAAGGCCGGCCAGGACGCGUGGAACGCGUCGGCGAACGCGGCCGCACCCGUUCUCGACAAAAUGCCGGACGUCAAGGAGGCGCUCGACAAGAACCUGUCCAAGAUCGAGGGCUACGUCGGCGAGGACCGCGUCAAGAUCGUCAAGGAGCUGUACGCCGAGCUCGAGAAGAUUGGCAAGUCGGACAAGUCGGUCGAGGACAAGACCAAGGCGGCCAAGGCCCUCGUCCAGGACAAGCUCGGCGACUCGUCGCAGUUCAAGGCGCUCGGCCUCGACAAGGUGACCGACCUCGCCGGCGAGGGCCGCAAGUGGCUCGACAGCGUCGUCCCGGGCAUGAGCGGCCUCACCAAGGUCUUCGAGGACGCCGACCUCAAGGCGCUUCGUGACCUUGCGUCCAAGCGCGGCGACGACGCCCAGAAGAUCCUCGAGGAGACCUACGACGAGAUCAAGGAGAUCCUCAAGAAGCAGUCGGAGAAGGCCGCCAAGGUCGCCGGCGAGACCAAGGAGGAGGCGAAGUCGGCGGCGAAGAAGUAA